UCUCCUCCUCAGGAUUCAUGAACAGACCCUUAUCCCCUUCAUUAUCGCAAUCUCUCACUCUCUCUUAAGACUUUCCAUUUCAAUCCUAUGAACCACUAAACAACUGUAUAAUUCUUUCUCGAUCAAUUCUAUAGUCAUACAUAAAUCUUUCUAUGUCGGUUCGUAAAUGAUAGAGAAAUGUCUUUCUUGCUUCCACCAUUCAAAUGUCCACCCGAAGCCUUCUCCAUAACUCUCAGAACUCACCACAACCCCUGCACUCAAUUAUCAAAAGGUAAAGAGCCUACAUGUCUCCGAACACAAUGUGUUUUCUCCACGGUAGCUCCAGUAGCAUCAGCUACAAUGACCUCGGUUCUUGAUAUGGAAAAGUUAUGGGUUUCAUUGGAAAGUCAGUCUCGCCAUGUUGUUGCAGAUAAACCUUUGACAUACAUUGGGAUAACAGGGCCACCUUCUCAGGUAAACCUUGAUGCAACUCUUGCUAGUGAAGAAGCUACUAUAGCAGCUGCAGCUGCAGAAGCAGUUGCUCUAGCGAAAGCGGCUCUUAGAGUUGCAAAAGAUGCAGCUUUGAUGGUUGGAAACAAAUCCAAAAUAUCUGGAGAACAUACUGUGGAUUUUGAUAGAGUUCAUCCAAAAACAACACAUGAAAUUGCUGUUUUAGGUGAUCCCAUUUCAUCUGAACAUGUAUGGUGGAAGGACAGUCUGCUUCAAAUUCCCAUUAAAGAAUCUCACAAUGGGUUGGAACCUACUGAAAAAGAGCUUGAACAUCUUGAGGAGCAAAUGUCUGAAAGCAAAACUGUCAGGUCCUCACGUCAAACUGAAAGAAAGGAAAGAAGAACUAGAGCAGUUGGAAAAGCGUCCGUUAAUGUUGUGUCUGUAAAGAGCGGCUCUUCAAGCAGAAGAAAGCGUGCUCCAGCUCAAGAAAUAGACUACUCUGACCCUUUACGUUACUUGAGAGCUACUACAGGUAGCUCUAAACUUCUAACAGCUACUGAAGAACACGAUUUGUCAGAAGGAAUUCAGGUACUAUUGAAAUUGGAAAAACUGCAAGAAGAACUUGUAGAACGAUUUGGGGGGCAACCCACAUUUGCACAAUGGGCUGCAGCAGCUGGCAUUGAUCAAAAAACAUUGAGAGAGCGUUUAAGCUAUGGUGUUCUUUGCAAAGAUAAAAUGAUCAAAAGCAACAUACGGCUCGUUAUUUCCAUUGCUAAAAACUAUCAAGGAGUUGGGAUGAAUCUUCAAGAUCUUGUUCAGGAAGGAUGUCGAGGCCUUCUUAGAGGUGCAGAAAAAUUCGAUGCUUCAAGAGGUUUUAAGUUCUCUACCUAUGCUCAUUGGUGGAUCAAACAAGCUGUUCGGAAAUCCCUCUCCGAUCAGUCCAGAACUAUUCGCCUACCAUUCCACAUGGUUGAGGCAACUUACAGAGUGAAGGAAGCGCGAAAACAAUUGUUUAGCGAAAAUGGAAGAUAUCCUGCUAAUGAAGAGGUUGCAGAAGCAACCGGCCUCUCAAUGAAGAGGCUCGAAGCCGUACUAAUGACCCCUAAAGCUCCAAGAUCGCUUGACCAAAAGAUAGGCAUCAACAUGGAUCUCAAGCCUUCGGAAGUGAUUUCAGAUCCAGAGGCGGAAACAUCUGAGGAAAUAUUGAUAAAGCAGUUUAUGAGGGAGGAUCUGAAAAAAGUACUCGACACCCUGAACCCUAGGGAGAAGCAGGUGGUUAGAUGGCGGUUUGGACUUGAAGAUGGAAGGAUGAAGACAUUGCAGGAGAUUGGGGAACUGAUGGGGAUAAGCAGAGAAAGAGUAAGACAAAUAGAAUCAUGUGCAUUCAGAAAGUUGAAGAACAAGAGGAGAACUAAACAAUUGCAGCAAUAUUUGGUUUCAUAAACUGUUGUUGUUUGCGCAAAGUUUAUGCAUUCAUUCCUCCCCUAUUAAAUGUUAUGGUUUACUUCUCAGGGUUAAAAAACAACACAUUUUGUUUGUGCAUAAAAUACAUUUUUUUUUACUUAA